AUGGUUGCACCGGACACAACAGCUGGGCCAAACAUCAAAGAGCUGUUCCGUCUGGUGGAGGACUUUGUCGAUGUCAUUGGCCUGAGGAUGAAAGACUUUCAAGACAUGUAUGAAGUCACCGAUAACCUAGUUUUGAGCAUCCACAAGCGUCCAGUGGUGGGUCACGCAGACAUCAGCUUCCCUAUGAAAGGCUGGAGGGGCAUGGUGGACUGGGCCCGCAGCUCUGAGGACAGAGUCACCAUCCCCAAGAACAUUCUGUAUACUGGCAAGCCAGAUUCAGACGAGUCCUCGACGUUUGUAACCGGCAUCGUUUUGUACAGAAACCUGGGCAGCAUUCUGACUCUGCAGAGAAACAGCACAGUCCUCAACUCCAAGGUUUUGUCAGUGACCAUCAAGCCCACUCCUGCUUCCCUCUCUGCUCCAGUAGUAGUUGAGUUCUCUCACCUGUACAACGGCACCACCAACCAGACCUGUAUAUCCUGGGAUGAGAGCGACAGCUCCUCACUGCUGGGAUCCUGGUCUGCCAGGGGCUGCAAAGCCGUGCUAGUCGACUCAUUCAGAACCAAAUGCGUGUGUGACAGACUGUCCACCUUCGCCAUUUUAGCACGGCUAAAUCCCGAAAUGGUAAGUCCGACAACCUCCCUUGACUUCGUUGACGUUAAAGGUAUCGGGGACG